UGUAAACAAACCUUCCCCUUUCCACCGCCAUGAGAAAUGUCCAAUUUUCUUGUGAUUUUCCCGGUUAUUCAUGGAAGUGCCACACCUAAUGCGACAUGAGUGCCAAAAAAGCCAUCUCGGGGCCGUACCGAGCCACAAAACUGUGGAAUGAUGCGGUGCGGUCCUUUUAUAAUGGCAUGCCGGUGUCAAAACACUGGCGGGGGCUGCGGCAAUAUGAGAGGUGUUUCACAGCAGCUGAGGCCAUUGACUGGCUUCACAACCAUCUCCAGUCAGAUCCCAAUUUUGGUAGUUCGGUGUCACGGGACCAGACUACAAAAUUACUGAGAAAAUUCCUAAAGUCAGGCCUGAUUGAAGAUGUCCGGGGUAAUUCAGUUCGGCCAGAGGACUUUAAAGACAGCAGAGAACUGUAUCGGUUUAGUAAUCGGUCUCCCCUGAAAGCCCUCCGCACACCAAGAACUCCUGGUCGUGUAGCCUUGGCUGCCAUCAACCCAAACACUCCCAGUGCAAAGAAGGAAGAUGAGGGGGCGUCUCCUAUUCUGCGAAAGAGGCAUCAAGGAUCUGCCAGGGAGUCCAUGAGAAGAACUCAGACUCAGACCGAGGCAGGAAGGCAACGCGGGGGAUCCAUCCGCAACAAAAUCCUCGCCAAGAAGACAGGCCCACAGCACUCGGGAGAAAAUGCGGCCAAUGAAGUAAAAGAUAACGGGGGCAUGCAAGAGUGCCAUCUGGUAGCUAAGCAGCUCUCCAAGGCUGAGGUCAAUGACGUCUGGAAACACGUCCUUCUCGGCAAACUAGACACCAUAUGCGAGCGCCUCAUGUUUGGGGACACCUUUUCUGUGCUAGAUCCAAAGAUAGUGAGUGGGGACUGGGUGCACCAUAACAUGACCCAGGUUACUACUAGGGGUGUUGUGCAAGCGCCUGAAAGUCACCCAGAUGAUCUUCCUAACUGGAUACUGACUGCUAUGAAGUGUAUGGCGCAUUGGCCAAAUGCUGCAGAUUCUAGCUGUAACAUCCCAAAUUAUCCAGGUGUUGAGAAGGAUGUCUUCAAGAUAGUGCGUGAUUUUUUCACAAAUUUGCUGGUUCCACUAAUCCCAUAUGAGCUGUAUGAGCCACUUGCCAGAAUCUACAUUGGUGCUGAGUUCCUAGACAUAACGUAUCGCUCCCCAAAUUCAACUGGUGGAGCAUCCAGCUUUAAGAGUCAUGAUGGAAGUUAUGACCCUGGUAGUUUUGAAGAGAGUGACUCUGUGGAGGAUCUGAUGCUCAACAUGAGUAUUUGUGGCCAGCAGAAGACGUCCACCCCAAACACAGAUAACGAAAAUAACCAGAAUGGAGAACGGCAAGCAAUAGGAAGCGGAGGGAAGCACUUCGUUCGCCAAGGUUCAAGUCGAAGUUUAGGGAGUGGGUUGCACACUCCAUCUCUCAGACGCAGUAGUGUUAUGAAUUCCUCGAGGCUUCAGAGUUUGAAACUCAACAGACUGAAGCAUUACACAGACUUUAAGGAAGAUAAUUUGUAUCCAACUCUUCUUGAAGGAAGUCACGAAGAAAGUAGGUUAGACCCACAAGAAAACCAGGAAAAUACCAGACCCCAUAGUCGGCAAAGUAGACUGUCACAAGAAAAUUCAUUGCAGAAGCAGCCUGAAACUGUUCGUUCAGUAAAGACGAACGACCAGGCGAGAAGAAUCAGGCGUGAAAAUGACAUGAAAGAAGGGAUUUAUGAGUCCAGAGCUCUUAUAAGAAGCAGGGACAUCAAUUCUGUUGCACUUCCUGAAAAUUAUUGCUUCGAAACUGCAUUUACAUCUGAUAGUCCACAGACAAGAAUAAUACCUCAGAAGUCUGUUGAUACUAUUCAUUUCAAGAACGGAGAAAGGUUGAGUGGCUUUCUUGGCAAAAGGCCCAAGAGCAUAGCUGUCACUUCUCUAUCAGCAAUUGAUGUUCGUCCACCUGAAUUGAAGAAUAUGUCCACUGUCUCAGAUCUCUUCAAAUCAAGUAUUAUGUCUACAAAUACAACAGGGGAAUAUGUCACUGCUUCAGCACAGUCUCCAAUGAACAGGUCAAGAUCAGCAGGCAAUCUGGAGUGUCUCGGUGAAGAUAGCUGUGUAUUCAAGGCAACUGAAGCAAUGUUUGAACAACCUUCCCAAAGCAUAGUUCCCGCAAGAAGCUUAGCAAGCAGGAUCAGAGAUUCAAUCAAGCGAAAACACGUGCGGGAUGACUCGGUUUCGCGAAAAAAGAAGAAUCGAAAUAGGGAAAGUAAAGACACGAGUAAAGAUGACAGUGGAGAUUACCAACGCCUGGAUCGCCUGAGAACGAAGUCUGGUGGCUAUAUGAACCUUGCUCUGGCACCACUGCCUAAUCCUCAGGAGGACUCAAGAAGUGUUAAGUCCUGUGUGUCAGAUUAUCAGGAACUAGGUUCUGCAGUGAGUCACAUAAGAACAAAAUCUGGAGGCUUUUUGAAUUUGGCCCUAGAGCCAUCUAGUGAUAGUGUUAAUCGUGUAGAAGGGUCAGAAACUUUUUCAGGACCCCCCACUUCAAGGUCAGAGUCUUCUGUCCAAGACCAUCACUCAAGAUCAGUGUCUCCACUCUAUGGGCAUCUCUCCCGUGGGGAUGACCAGCUCACAGCCCCUUGCACAGACUUUAUCCGGCGAAGGGUGAUAACUCCUGACGGGUGUCUUAGCCAUAGCCUCUCCUCAUCAGGAUGUAGUGUGUACCACUCUGCUUUGUCCAGUAGAAACAGCACACCAAACCCUGGCCCUCCAUUGCCCCCAAAACCUCUACAGCCAGUGAGUGGUAUGGGAGGAAUUUACCCCAAAGUGAACCCUAAAGGACCUGUUCCCAAUUAUGAGAAUGUGAGUGAUCUCUCCAAGCAGUUAUCAUCCUCUGCAAAUGAAUUAAGUGACCGCUGGGCAGAUCGCACCCCCUAUGGUCAAGUCCCUCCUUAUGCCCAGGGAGGAGUGUGGCGACACUAUCACUCCUCUCCAAGUAAGCGCCUGAUUGGACGCAAGAAAGGGAUCGAAAAUUACUAUGGGAGCAAAGCUUGUCUGCCUGGGUUGCUAACCAGGGAAGGAAAGGAAGUUGCUGUAUCAUCAAUCCAGUUGCUACUCCUGCUGUUGGAACCUGUUCGGCGGAGGAAGUUGCACCUUCUGCUGAGGAUGAUGAGCAAAAUGUCAGGCAAUGAGAAACUGUGCCUCGACCAGGAGCAGACCACGAGAGCUCUUGUCUUGAAUACAUUCACGCGCAGUAUUCUGCUUUGUGAUCAAGAGGCGGACUAUGAUGAGGUCCUUUCCUUGCGCAUUAUAUCUUUCCUGAUGGAUAACCACGAGGAGGUGCUUCGUCCCCCACAAGACCUGGCUGUCCUCGUCCACAGGAGGCUCUCGGAGAUGCAGCGCAGCCAGAUCGUCUAUGGCUCCACCGUGGGGGAUAGAGGCGUGACCCUGACUUACUGUCGCCAGAUUACCAACAAGGAGUUUGAGCGACAACGCAUGACUGGAUCUCAGCUGUUUCUGACCCAGCUUCUUGAUCAGAUUGUUGAAAAUGAUAAGUUAUCAAGCAAGGAGAAGAAGAAGAAGCUUAAAGAGUUCAAGUCACUCUAUCCUGAAGUGUACGCGGCAAGAUUUCCCGGCGAGGAACAGAAGGUGGAGAGCCGCAGCAAGAUGAAGAGCUUUAUGAAACUGGCUUCUCUGUCCUCUCUCGGGAAAGGUCGCUCCUUGAGAAUGUAAAUGUGCAAGAGUGCCAACCAAAGAUGCAAUUACUAAAAGUGUCAUUUCUACAUACUCUUCUGUCACUCUUGGUGCGAGAAAGACCGGCUGUGGUCUUAUGACAGUUUUAAAUGGCUGAUCCUGUGAUUGAUCCCUGUUUUGAAAAAAAAUACGAAAA